GCAAAAAUUUGUUUACAAUCAUUUCUCGACAGCGCCAAAACUCUUUUAUUCGGUCAUUGAAUAAAAAACGGGAAAUAGAGAAAAAUACAUUUCCAAUGAAUAAUUCAUUUUAAAACCAAGUAGGGCACCACACAAUAAUAUCAAUAUGUCGGAAGAUUCAGACUAUCUGUACGCAUUGGAAAUGCAGAAGCGUCUGAAUGCCUUGGAAGGAGAAGGAGACAGUGAUAUAGAGGAAAUCGAUUUUAAAAAACCACCAGUUAAGAAUUUUAGCAUCAAAAACAAAAAACCACUACAAAUUAAGAGAUCCAACCCACAUUCAAACUUAGAUGAGGAGUUUCUUAAUCGCACGCAGAAUCUGGUUCACCCACAGUGGGAAACGUUGGAUCCAACGCCUGAUAUUUUCUCCCUGUUCGGGCAAUUCGAUACGAAAUUUUUCCAAGGACGAUUAAAAUGUGUUACACUGGAAUGGAGUAAACGUAUGUACAGCUGUGCUGGAAUAUGUUAUUCUCGCAGAAACCGCUAUGGCAUGGACAUAACCAUACGUCUGAGUGAGCCGUUGCUUAAGCUGAGGACUCGCAAGGAUCUGGUUGAGACAAUGUUGCAUGAAAUGAUACAUGCCUAUUGUUUUGUUCUGAAUAUACGUGAGGGUAAUGGUGGUCAUGGUCCGAAUUUUAAGAAAAUUAUGCAUAGUAUAAAUACGGUAGCGGGGACAAAUAUAACCGUCUACCAUACUUUCCACGAUGAAGUGCAGCUAUAUAAACAGCAUUGGUGGCGUUGUAAUGGUAUAUGCCAGGAUCGCUCACCAUUCUUUGGGUACGUGAAGCGUUCAUCGAAUCGUGCCCCCGGUCCCAAUGACCAGUGGUGGGCCAGUCAUCAUGAAUCGUGCGGAGGUACAUUUAUGAAAAUCAAAGAACCCGAAAAGAAGAAAAAGGGUAGGCCAUCGACCAAUGAAAAGGAGAAUACCACAAAGGCUGGCAAAUCAUCGGCAUCCGGAUCAGGGUCAUCUGAUUUACGUAAGUUUUUUACACCACAAACAACAUCAAACAAUACGACUGCUACGGCUUCGUCAAAUGUUAAGGGCUUUGGUAGUUUAAACAGUGGCAUUAAAGGACCUGUCAAAACAAACGGUGGGGGUACCAUGCUAUUGAAUCCCAAAACCAAAUCAAAUGCCACCACCAAUAUCAAAACCCCCACAAAUAACUCUUCAAUUGCUAAGGCAUUUCCUCCUACUUCCUAUCCUGGCUUAUCCUCGGAUCCAUUUAAUGUGGAUUUGAAUAAUUCAAGAGCGGUCAAAAGAAAUACAAACAGCACAACAUCACGCCCACCAGUUGUGGGCAAUUUACGGAACGUGGUGGGUUUCAAAGAUAUUGGUGGAUUGGGAGGUGCCAGCUCCUCCCCUUCUGCUUCCUCAGGUGGUGGUAACCCUGGGCGUGCUGUCUCAGGUUUUAAAACAACCACUGCAAAUUCAAGUGAUUGGGGCCGUGGCAUGUCGUUGUCGUCUAGUUCACACAACGUAUCAAUCUCCUCAAGUCCUGAGGGUGAAAUAGUAGAUCGUAAACAUUUAAGAGAUGUCUGGGCCAAACGUUUUGGCGGUGGUGGUGAUGGAUCUAAAUCGAAUUCUAAUGAUAAAAGGAUUAGUAGUGAUAUAUAUGCAGGUGAUUCUAAACGUCGCCGAAUAUCUAGUGAGGCUCCUUCAUCAAAUAAUAACGAUGACAUUAUAUUUGUGGCCGACGAAAGGUCCGGCCAAAGAAAAAACAAAUGGGAAGUGGUUGAUGAUGACGUCAUGGUGAAAGAUCAACCCCAAACCGUUAUUACACUUUCAUCUGAUGAUGACGAAGACGAUUCAGACAUUGAAGGCUUAAAACCAAAAAUUAACAAAAAUAUGACCAUGGACCAGAGACAGACAUUAAUAAAACAGGAGAUUAUGAAUGAAUCUAUUGAUUUGUGUGACGAUGAUAUUGAGUUAAUAGACGAUGAAUAUGAUGAUAGUUUAAGCGCAGCUGCCGAAUUGGCCGAUACAAGUGUCAUUGACGAAUUCUUUGGCGAGGACACUCUUCUUAAGGAAUUUAAAAGAGAAAAUGACUGUAAACCGUCGUCUUCAAGACAUAAAAUGGAUCCCGAUAGCGACAUCAUUACUUGCCCUAUUUGCCAAGGCAAAAUGACAAGAGCUGUUUUUGCUGAUCAUCUUAAUGGAUGCACUGGUAUUACAAGAAAAAUAUUACCCCCAAAAACGGCACUAAAGAAAUUGGCUGCCACAUCAAAAGAGGCCAGACCUCAACGACGGCCCCGACCUUCAGUGUCCACUACACGUGAUAUAUUACGUAAUGCUGGAUAUUCCGAGUCUGAUUUAGCUCAAAUCCAUUCAGCCAGCAGUAUGGACGAAGACGAUGAGGAGGAAGAUGAGUUUCUUCGAAGAUCUGGUGUAAGCCGCAGAAGUACCAACAACACCAAAAAAUCAUCGCCACAAGAAUUAAACUCUUCAUCGGAAGAUGAAAAUACCCGAAGAUCCCGAAUGCGCAGUGUUUAUAAGACCACUAGACAGUGUCCUGUUUGUGCGAAAGAAGUUGAAGAAUCUGAAAUGAAUAUCCACUUAGAUGUAUGCUUGAUGUAAACCCUACACAAAUGCUUUAAUAACACUUUAAAUUUUGGUUUCUUACAUAGAAUUUGUGUUGUGUUUUUGUUUUAUUCUGUUUUUUCUUCGAAUCUAAUUAACAAACAAUAAAUCGUUAUCAUAUGCUUACAAAAUA